AUGAACGAUAACAAUACUAGCGAUCCUUUCUCUAAGGCAAACAUUUAAAAGGCAGAUGCAUUUUUGGCUCAAUUUAUUGAUAUAAAACAAUUACUUCCUAUUAAGGAGGGGUUGACGAAGGAGAUGAUUGAAUACUUCAAUUAGUUUAAAUUCUCAACUUAGGCUUAGAUUGGACCCUUAACUUAUCAAGAGAGAUAGAAAAAAAUUUAAAAAUAUAGACAAAAAAAAAAUACUAGAUAGUUUCUUAAAAAGAACCAUUAUGAUUAUAGAGCAAAAAAGGCAUAAACUCGAUAGAGAGAGAAAGGGAGGUUUGUUUCAAACAAAAAAUGA